GAGGGCAUCAUCGAGACGGGUGGCGUGGACAGCUGCCCGUCGCGCGGCUCCUUCCACGACGCAGUUCCCAUCGACCUCGUCGCCCGCGACCGCGACACCAGAAGACUGCCGACGACCCCCCGCGCGGGCACGGCGGGCCUCGCGGAGCGCGUCGCCCGCACGGUCACGGCGGAGGCAGCCGGCUGGCGGGGCAGCGCCAUGUCGAGCAGUUCGAUGGGAUCGCCGCGGACGUUGACAGGUUCGGAGGUCGUGCAGCAGAGGUGCAUGACCAUCGAGGCCAGCGGCAACCAAUGGUACAGUGAGGCGCCCAAGUCCACGCACGUCAGCGUCCGCAGGGAGCGGCUGAAGUCGUUCGCGGCUCUCCUCGUGGCCGCUCGGGGC